UUUAGUAUUCACAAGGAAAUUCAAUAAAAUGAACAGCAACAAUGUAAUACUUUUACCUCCUCCAGAAACGUGUGAACAAUAGAGUGUGCAAGAACAUCAAGAAUGUAAAAACCAUGACGGGAGGAAAAUCGCUUUUAUUUGUUUAGCAUCGCAUUUUAGUCACGCAGUGUUCAGCCAAUCACGUCGCCGGAAGGGUCGCCUCAUUUCCAUGCCGGCUACGAAGUGUUUCUAAAAUCCCAUUUCAGAGCGUUUGAAGGGUUCGGAGGCGUAAUAUAUGGCAAUAUUCACGUCCGACAAGCCUUGAUCCCCUUUAUAUAAUUCAGAAGAGACUCGUGGGUGACAUUUCACGCUCAAGAGGCAAUUUUUGGAUGGUUGGUCAAGCGUUUUUUUGGUGCGAAUGCACUGGCUUUUACAGCGCGCGAGUUUUGAGUUGAUAAAUUGUUACAAGCAGUUGCCUCUAACCUACGGUUGGUAUCGGGAAGUUUGGAAUUUUGAAGAGUUGACAAUCACUCGAAGGCUUUACUGGAUGGAUUUUGCGUGUCGAGUGUGAAAUGGUGGACUUAGGAGGAUAUAACGUGAGCUUCGUGGGUUGUGUUUGUCGAGAUUCUUCACUGAAGUCGAGACUCGUACAAUUUUCAGCUGUUGGAUGCACUUUCAUUGCUCUGCGUUGUUGUCCAAGAUAGACACUGCGCGGCGUAAUAUUACGACGUUUUUAUUGCUGCUUUUAAAGCCCAAGUAGACUUAACUCCCAGUGCUAAAGCGGUUAAAGGUUUACAAGCUAAAAGGCACUAGAUGGCGAGCAAAACAUCAACUGAUUCAAUACCGAAAGACAGUACUACAACCAACACCACUACGAAUUCGAAUGGGCCAGAGCAAAAUGGUACAAAUAUUACAAAAUCCCGAGGUAUCGCGUCGAGCGAGAAUCAAAGAGAGUCAGCCGAUAUUGUUAGCGAUCCCCGUGCAAUACAGGCUACGGUGGGAACGAGCCUGGAGAAGCCACAUCCCCUUCGUAGCCCUGUCACCAAAAGACCCUCCUUGACUCGAGCGUUCACCGUCUCUGCCAUCUCUAUGGUUACGAACGACGAGGAUCUUCCUCCUCCAAGAAGCCGUCGCCUCAUGUACAAGGCUCCUCUAAGGCUCAAGUUCGCCCUCUCAUCUAAGAAUGCCGCUUGGCGACUUGAAGAUGACGACACAGACGACUCUAAGCACCAGUCCCAUGGGAGUAGUUGUACGGACGAGACGCCGUUCAGUUACACGGCCAGCGGUCUUUACUUCACCAGCGAACAGAGCAGGCGAGACAGUAGAAGGCUCAUAAAGAACGGCUUGCACACCGAGGGCGAGCUCUCAAGCAAGAGAAGUAGCUCAAGCGAGGGGUCAGAUCUGUCAAUCAACAGCAAAACAGGUAGUGGACUAGUCAGACUCGCGAGGAAGUUGAGUCAGCGCAGAGAACGCCGAUCACCAAUCACAGAAAAAAUAAACGUACGCUCUCAAAGUCUUGAGAACCUAUCAUCCCCGACCUCAAGCACACAGAGUAUCGACCGAGCAGUCAGCGGAAAGUCACCGAGGCUCUACCGAACACUGUCGAUGGGACAGAAACCCGUACCUCGACAACGCCUCGCUUCCGUGGAGAAUAGAUUCAGCGGUACAAACAAAGAUCAGGCCAAAGAGAAAUUAAAAAGAAGAAAAGAGAAUGUCUUAGAUGCUUUAAUAGAUGCAAUUGUUUGUCAAGAUGUCGAAGAAGUGAAAUCCAUUUUGGAGACUGAGGCUGUAAAUGUAAAUGGACAAAACGCUGAAGGGUUUGUACCCCUGGAGUUUGCCGUCAUGCUUGGUUUUCAUCACAUCGCCAAGAUGCUGCAGGCGUUUGGCGCUAAAGAAAGUUCAAGAGUACCCUUCCUAGACAAGCAUCUACGCAUGCUGUCAAACGAGGCCGAGCAAAGACUACAGGACCUGACGUUAGCUGUUGUCCACGUGACCAACUGCACCGCCUCCGAAAUCAAGGACAACGAAAGGCAGUUGAGGGAAUGGGAAUGGAGGCGACUUAUACUCAAGCGAAUGAUGAACGGUCUGAACAACGCCGACCCUCCCGGUAAACCGGGCAGCGUUACCGUGUCAGUGGGCUCAGAAGAUUCGCUGCUUGUGCGGUUCACCGAGAAUCUAAACGAAGUGGACGUUAUCAUAACUAAAUAUAAAAUUGAAUGGAGUCGAAACGAAAUGUUUGAUCCUAUCGAAGGAGAGUAUGUCCUCGAUGACCUCCGCUCGCUUGAAUAUACAAUACCCUCAUUACAGAAGUCCGUCAUGUAUUACGUCCGCGGAUGUUGCGGUAAUUUGAAGGGAUUCGGACCGUGGUUAGAAUCGACGCCUCCAUGUGUCAUGCCCUCCAGCUGGCACGAAGUAGAUGACUCCAAGCCUCGUUUUCAAGGCAGACUUGUCGUGAUUGACGAUCUGUUUAGUCGUGUCUGGAAAAGCCACGACCAGUUUACACCCCAACCCUCUCACGACUCAAACCGACCGCGCAGCGCAGUCACUAGCGGGGAGAUUGAUGGCGAAUUUGAGACCUCUCCCAAGUCGAGUCGAAGACAAGCGAUGAAAAAGAGCAUUUACAAGUACACUAACAUCUUCUUUCACUCCGCGCCAAAAUUCGCCAGGAAUAUGAAAAGGGGCGUGUAUCUCGCUACGCUGUUAUACUCGAGUGAAGAUCGCGUGAUGGUCACACACGAGGAAAACAUACCCGCGGUAGAAGUAGACGAUAACUACCCUACCACAUUCCUGCAAGACUUCUGCUGGCUGAUGAAGGUUGCGUGCACGUGGAAAGACGUCAAGAAGCUCAAGCAGGAAGUAGAGAAGAACUCGGCGUCCACUUCCGUGCUCUUUCGCUGUAAGCUGCUCUGCGCUGUCGAUGCCUUACAGAGCGCCCUCGGUCGACAGAAUCUUGGUCAGCUGCAUUACAAACCAGUCAAGGACCGCAACGGCAGUACUGUUAUCGUUGUCGUCAAUUACCUACACCACUCGAGUCUGUUUCGUCCUCGUAUUAUGUCCCUCAAGUGGACGUCUCUCAGCAAGCUUCAGAAGAAGCUCUCGUACCAGCCGGGUGAUCCACUAGAUCUGUGCUAUGCCUCGGACAUGCUUAUUACCACUGUUAAGGAAAAAGUAGAUUAUUUCCAGAAAAGUAGAAAACCCCUUGAGAGGGGGAUGUAUAUUGGUUAUCUUAAACUUCGUACGUUUGUCGAUGCCAUCCACGUGGUCGUCCAGGAAAGCAAUCCUAACGUCCUCCCACAUGUCAAGAUACGCGACAACCCUAAUGUGUCAAGAGAGGAGUGGCAAUGGAUACAAAGCUUGGACUCCUUAGGGCAAAGAAAGUACGAGCCGUCAAAGUCUGCGCAGGAGCUACAGCUACUUGUGGCACAAGCAGCGGAGAAGCUGAUGGACCAAGUCGGCGUCAGUAGAGACGCGGCAAAGUUGCACCGUAUCUACGAUCGUGAGGUGGUGGAAUUGGAUGAGAACGUGUCUUUCCUCAUCGUCUUCCCGCCCCCUGAAGACGUGUGCAGCGCUCCCGGACAAGUAGACACUUUGACCAGCAAGAAGGACUAUAUCUCGUUACCUGUACAGACUUUUGAAAUGAUCCAUAUGUGUACAUACCAAAAAGACUUCAUCUGCCAUUACUCCAGACUCUCGUCCGUGCUGGACAUGGAUUCAGUCCUCGCGCAACAAGCGCUUAGAGAGGCUUUUUCGUCUGGAGAGGUUGAAAAGGCAAAGCAAAGACAGAUCAAAUUAAUGGAGUUCCAAUUGGAGCUGGACGAGACGUGGAAGGGCAUGCGCUGGAUCCUCGAUGCUCUCCACUACGCACGUGACCGGCAAGUGCGCGGCGGGAUCCCGCUGGUCGAAGUGUUCAAGUUCUCACAUAAUAAUGGUGACGUAAUCAAGAACAAUGAGUGCUACACUUUGGAAGAACCAGGUGAAGGUCAUCAGUUGAAUCACGCUAAAGAUUCUGUGAUAAGAGUGUACUCAACCGGAGAAACGGGGCUGCCUGCAGGGGCCCAAGUGACGCUGUCAAUUACUCCAGCGACUACAGCUAAUGAGAUCGUCCGGACGGUAAUAAGAAGACUUGAAAAAACUUGCGACGAACGAGGGAAAUCGUACAAAAACGUCUCGGACGAAUCUAUAAAAGACUUUUGCCUGGUGGCUGUGUUCGGUUCCCAGGAAAAAUGCUUUCCUGAUAGUUAUAAAGUACUGCAAUUCCAGAACCCCUGGAAAAGAGGGAAGUUAUUUGUGAGGUUACGAUCCUCAGCAAUGGCAGCGACGGCAUUUGGUCAGGUCACAAGUGUGUGACAUAGAUCCUACCUAAGUGCGUGACACGAUCGAGUGCGUGACGCUUCGGGUGCACGUUAGCGUGACAGUCACAACACCAGCUUGUGGCAAGGUUAGAACGCAAGUAAUAAUGUUUCGACAACGUGCAGCACAUUGCAACUACACCAAAUAGACAACAGCAUCUAACAACCAUACGACCGGAAGGUACCAGCGACACCAUGGGACCUGAUCUUGCGACACCGAUACGCGCCAUUCCUUCGACGCCGAUACGAGCCGAUCUCUCGACACCAAUAUGAGCCGAUCAUUCGACACGGAUACGAGUCGAUUCGGCGACAAAGAUACGAGCUGAUCUCUCGACACGGAUACGAGCCGAAUCGGUGGUGCCAAACCACAAUGCGGGACAAAAUUACGAGGACUACGACUAAGUAAGAACUAGGAAUCAGUAAUGAAGUCUUUCCUGAAGACUUUCCUGAUUCCCAACGCUUUGAAUUUCAUGAGACAUUUCUGCCGUUUUACGUUCCAUAUUCGAGAGUCUGUUCGUGUUUUCUCGUUAAUUGAAUAAUGCGUAAUGUUGCUAGUUUUGUUAAGGCUUAAGUCAACUAAAAAGGAAAAAAAUAUUGUUAUUGUAUUUGCUCAAUUCUGCUCUGCGUUAGAUAAAAAUGCGACAUCCGGGGAUUUCCCUUAUUACCCACGGAUAAGGCCCGGCUACAGAGAGUCAGGCAACCGUCAUUUGGUGGUGGGUGUGUGUGGGGGGGAGAUUGAUCCCAAAAUGAGUACCCAUUAUUUAGCGCUAGUACCUAGCGUUAGUGGUACUAAAGUGUGUAUAAAGAAUUAUUCCGGAAUUUAUUACGUAUAAUGUGAAUGUUUUCCGAAGUUAAUAUGUACUUAUUUAUUGACGCGAAUUCAAAUUGUCAAUUAUAUGUAAUAAAAUGAGUUUUACAUUGA